GUUGUCGUAAUAAUGAAGUGAAGAAGUUUAUCUCAAAGGUCGUUAUAUUUUCGCUUUUUUGACGCUUUUUCUCUAUUCUCCAGCGAAAUAAUGAUUACAGGGUGGAAGGCUAGUGAUGCAACUGCCGCUGCAGCGUGGUCACAGCAGUAUAAUACAUCAGCUUCUUCAACAGCUACAGAUAAUACAAAACCAACAGAUUCCACAACAACCAGCAAACCAGCAGAAAACCCUGAGUGGGAAAAAGCAAGACAAGCCCUUGCUAAAGUCACUGGAGCAAGUCCUCAAAAGUCUGCCACGAAGCAACAAAGUAGCACACAGAAUAGUACUAAUAAUAAUGUGAUGAAUACAGCAAUGCUUGGGUAUGGACAGUACUAUCAGCCAUACCCUAAUGCGGCUUUUCCUGGAUUCCCUUGUGCUCCUUAUCCUUCCUUUGGGUACCCUCCUGCUUAUCCAUUUCCACAGCCUACAGCUGGCAUGCCUUAUCCCAUGCAGUUUCCAGGCAUACAGCCCCCAUACCAAGGUCCAGUACCCACCUCAAAUGAGACAACAGAAUCGGAUUCAUUAUCUACACCAUCCCAGCCAACAAAUAAUGAACAAAAAGAUUCAUCCAACAAUAGACAAACUAAUGAUAGUAGCAAUCAACCCCCUCCAAAUGUAUAUAAUACCAGAUUUCAAGCUCAUAAUAAAGGCAGAAGAGACCAGCCUCCAUUUAACUCUAGAAUGAACAAAGAGGAUCAAGAAAAUAACCAAGCAUUUGACAAUGAUAACAGGCAGUUCAAUAACAGCAAUAAUCAACAACAGAAUGCUGGAGGGUCUUAUGCCGAUGCCGUCAAAGGUGGACCCAAGAAAACAUUCUGGAAGCAACCACAGAGAAGUCUACCAAGACCUUGGGCUGAAGGAAACACAGAAAAUCACCAGUUUCAAACAAAACGAUUUAAGCCAGCAUUUGAGUCUCCUUCCAUGGACGGUCAAGAUAAUCAAGAAGAGCCAGCCUCAUAUAAUGAAACAUCAAGUGUGACAUACAACAGUGCCAAACCACAGUCACCAUACCGCAAAAGACAAGAAAACCAGGCUCCACAACAACAAUCUCCACCUGGUAAUGAAUUGAGUGCUGACAAGUGGCCACCAAGUCUAAGAGAUUAUGUACAAAGGUGUUUCAAGCCUUGUGAAACAGAAGCAGAAAAAGAUGAGAUAGAAUCAGCCUUAAAGGCUAAGCUAACAAAAGUAUUUGAAGAUAAUGCUGUAUUACUCAUCGACUGGGACGAAGAACCAUUACCCAGACUCAAAAAUAGAAUACACUCGGAAUCCAGUGACAAUUGUCCUCUUGACAGAUGGCACCCAUCACGACGGCGCCAAUCACCACCCACCAGAUCUCCUUCUAUGAGACAUUCAUCUCCACCUCCAUGGAGGAAGAGAGGACACAGCAGGUCUAGGAGUAGGAGUAGAAGCAGAAGUCCAUCGCCAAUUCGUUCAGAUGUAAGGGAAAGACUGGGACCAAAAAAUACACAAAAGAAUGGACCAAAACAAAAAUUAAAAGUGCCGAAGACUGGAAAGGGGAAGAAGGGAAAAGCAGGACCCGUUCUUGACCCGAUGCAAAUCAUUGACCCAGAAAACCAGCAGAAAAUCAAUAAAAGAGCACAGAGAUUCCAGUCCUUCACAGAAAACACCAAUCGUUCCAGUCCAAGUAUCCUUAGUACACUCAAUGCAUCUCUCUUUGCUGAUAGAGAUGAAGAGGAAUUGGACUGGAGCAAGUUCCAUGUCGUGGGAACRUGUCAGGACUUGAAAAAAAAUUAUUAUCGGCUCACAGCAGCUCCUGAUCCAUCUACUGUACGACCCAAAGAAGUGCUUAUCAAGUCAUUAUCUAUGAUUAAGGACCACUGGAAAGCCAAUCAAGAUGACUAUAGAUAUGUGUGUGCACAGUUUAAAUCAAUACGGCAAGAUUUGACGGUUCAAGGGAUCCGAGAUGAGUUCACUGUGGAAGUAUAUGAAACACAUGCACGAAUAGCCUUGGAGAAAGGAGAUAGAGAAGAGUUCAACCAGUGUCAGACACAACUGAAAGCCUUAUAUUCCAAUAAUAUAUCUGGAAAUGUCAUAGAGUUCACAUCAUACAGACUAUUAUACCAUCUGUUGACCAACAAUAUACUUGACUACUCUACUGACUUACUAAGGCUGACAGAGGAAGAAAAACAUACAGUACCUAUAAAGCAUGCCCAGUGUUUAUGCACAGCAUGGGCUCUCUCUAACUACCACAAUUUUUUCCAGCUUUAUCUUUGUGCUCCCAAUAUGUCCGGCUACCUAAUUGAUCUGUUUGUGCAGAGAGAACGCGUUGCUGCCAUCAAAGCUAUGAUCAAAUCCUACCGUCCCACAUUGCCUCUAGCCUUCAUUCAAUCUGAGCUAGGUUUUACAGAUCAGGAGGAGUGCAAGAAGUUCCUGAUGGAAGUAGGCGCUACCAUGACUGCUGAUGGCAGCAAGGUUGAUUGUCGGGUGUCGUUAGAUGUUCUCAAUACCUGAUGCUGGAUGAAAGCAAGUUUCCUGUGAUCUUUUGGAUGCAUUAAUGGAAUCAGAAUCAGUCCUUAAAUUUUGAUUUCAUCUGUGCAUCAAAGAUUACCUAAAUUUAAUCUAUAUUUUUCACAAUUUAUUAAGUAAUAGAAAAUAUCGGAUCUAUAAAUAAAUGUCGAAAAUUAUCUGUAAAUAGUAAUAUCAACGAAUAUCAACUGGAUCAAUUUGUUUGCAAAGUAUUGUAAAUAUUAGAAGUAUUUUGGCUCUUUGAUUGUAGAUAGUAAUUAUAUGGUAGGUAGUUAAUGUUCCUGAAAUGAAGAUGCCUUUCCCUGCCCCACCCACACAAGAGGGAAGUCUGACCUGACCAAAUUACACCUAAAAUAUGCUGAGCAACAUCAAGUGAUCUCCAAAUUACCAGGAUGCUUCACACACAAUAUGAUCUAACCACCCAUACCGUCACUUAACGGGUGUGCCAGCAUGUUAGGGGGAACCAUUCCAAUCCAAUCACUGGUAGUGGUGUGCAUAAGUACUUACAGGAUGAAGUUAUCAAGUUCUCUUGCAGGAAGAUGUCAGAAGGAAGGAACAGCCGCAAGAAUGAGGUGUCAAGUGUAAGAUUGUUUGCCUUUUUUAACUAAAAUAAACUCAAUUAAAUCAUG